AUGGCACCCACACGUAUAUCACACACAAUCAGCUCUCAACAGAGGAAUACUAGUAGAUCUCUCAUUCAAAAACAAAAACAAAAGAUUAGAGAAGAAGAGAAACAAAACAUGCAUAUCAUCCUUUUGGGUGACUUCAAUGAAAACAUUGACCCACAUGACGAUUGCACCAACCCAACAUGCUCAAGAAAAGAUAAUAGUCUUAUUACCUACUUACUUGCACACGACUACAUCGAUACAUACAGAGAGCUCCAUCCUCACACAGCAGGAUUCAUAUAUACAAGGCCCUUAUCCAAUUACGGAAGUAGAAUAGAUUAUAUCUGGAUAUCACCUAAUUUAGCAAACAGCAUUACAAAAGCCAACAUACUCGCAUCCAACACUGUAACCAGUAGUGAUUACAAGAUCAUAACCGCACAACUAAUAGCCCCCCAAAAUCUCAUAGGAACAACCAACUCAAAAAAUCUUCACAGAUCCAGAUACGACUUUAUAAACACAACAGCAAGACAAUGGAAAAAAUUCACAAAAUCAACCAACAUAGUAAAAGCAACCCUUGAAAAUAAUUACCAGGCAGACAAGAUAUAG